CUCUCUCAGCGCCGCGGCAGCCCGGGCGGCCCCAGGUGCGCGGCCCCCGCCGUCCCGCCCCGCCGCCCUGCGCCAUGGAGGAGGGCCCUCUGCCGGGUGGGCUGCCCAGCCCCGAGGAUGCGAUGGUGACGGAGCUCUUUAGCCCCGAGAGUCCGUUCGUUUCGGAGAACAUUGGCCUGAAGGCCCCCGUGAAGCACGAGGAGGACGAGUUCCACGUCUUCAAAGACGCGUACCUGGGCCCGGCGGACCCUAAGGAGCCUCUCCUACACGCAUUCAAUCCCCCGCUGGGCGCCGACUGCAAGGCCCAGGUCAAGGCGAAGCUCGCAGCGGACGACAGCGACGGCGGGGAGCUCCUCGGGGAGUACCCCGGGAUCCCUGAGCUCAGCGCGCUGGAGGACGUUGCGCUCCUGCCGACCCCGCAGCCGCCCGCCUGCAACGUGCACUUCCUGUCCUCGCUGCUGCCCCCGCACCGCAGCCCCGCGGUGCUGCCCCUGAGCGCCUGGGUCCGGGAAGGAGCCGCUCACCCGGGCGUCCGGGUGAUCCCAGUUGAAAUCAAGGAAGCAGGUGGUACUAUUACAAGUAACAAUCCAGAAGAAGCCACUUUCCAGAAUCUUGCUCAGGAAUCCUGUUGCAAGUUCCCAUCAUCCCAGGAACUAGAGGACGCCUCCUGCUGUUCUCUUAAGAAAGAUUCCAACCCAAUGGUGAUAUGCCAAUUGAAAGGGGGCACACAGAUGCUGUGUAUAGACAAUUCUGGAACAAGAGAACUAAAAGCACUCCAUUUGGUUCCUCAGUAUCAAGAUCAAAACAAUUAUCUGCAGUCAGAUGUCCCUAAACCAAUGACUGCUUUAGUAGGGAGAUUUUUGCCAGCAUCAACAAAAUUAAAUCUCAUUACACAACAACUUGAGGGAGCCUUACCAUCAGUAGUCAACGGGUCUGCUUUCCCCUCGGGAUCAACUCUUCCAGGACCACCAAAAAUAACUUGGGCUGGGUACUGUGACUGCUUCGCCAGUGGGGACUUUUGCAACAACUGCAAUUGUAAUAAUUGUUGCAAUAACUUGCAUCAUGAAAUUGAACGGUUUAAAGCCAUUAAGGCAUGUCUUGGUAGAAACCCAGAAGCUUUCCAGCCAAAAGUUGGGAAAGGCCAAUUGAGCGAUGUCAAGCCCCGGCACAGCAAAGGGUGCAACUGCAGGAGGUCGGGCUGCCUGAAGAACUACUGCGAGUGCUAUGAGGCCAAAAUUAUGUGUUCUUCUAUUUGCAAAUGCAUUGGUUGCAAAAAUUAUGAAGAAAGCCCAGAACGAAAGACACUAAUGAGCACGCCAAACUACACGCAGGCUGGAGGUUUGGAAGGCAGCCGCCAUCUGCCGCCAGCGAAAUUUUCAGGACUUCCAAAAUUCAGUCAGGAUAGGCGACGUUCCUCAUGCAUCUCCUGGGAGGUGGUGGAGGCCACGUGCGCCUGCCUGCUGGCUCAGGGAGAAGAGGCCGAGAAAGAACACUGCUCCAAGUGCCUGGCAGAGCAGAUGAUCCUGGAGGAAUUUGGAAGGUGCUUAUCACAGAUUCUCCACACUGAGUUUAAAUCCAAGGGGUUGAAAAUGGAGUAG